AUGGGACAAGACUACCUGGUGCUGGCGGAGGGCAGGGCAGCGGGCACGGAGAGCUACCGGGCACCGUGCGAGAGGAACAACCAGAGCCUCCAGCAGCUCCAGGGACUCCUGUCUGCCAGUAACAGGAAAUGUGAGGCCAUUGUGGUGGUGCUGCAGCAGACCCUGGCAGAGCGUGAUGAGGUCAUUAAGCAGCGCAGGGACCUGUCCCAGGAACUGAUGACCUUGCAGGGAGAGCUGGUAAACUCGGCCCACUCGUGUGAGUUGUUGGAGCGGGAGAAGGAUGAGGUGCGUGGGGCAUUGGAGGGCGAGAUUCAGACGAUGCAGGAGCAGCACCACACGGAGCUGGCCCAGCUGGAGGAGAGGCUCAGGGUGUUCUACCAGGCCGAGGGGGACCAGAUCCAUCUGACCUACCAGGAGGAGGCAGACCGGUGCAAGGCCUUAAUGGAGCAGCAGGAGCCUCCUGCAGGCGGACUCCACCAGGAGAUGGUCACCAGUUCCCAGUCCACCCCGCCUCCCAAGAAAAACAAGGUCAACGUGGCCACCCAGUGUGACCCGGACGAAGUGAUCGUCCUAUCGGACUCGGAAUGACCUCUGCUCCCACCCUACCGGGUGUCCAGGCUUCCCAUUGCUAGCCUGGAACCAGGUCUGUUUAUGCUGCACAAACUGAUCUGGGACCAGGCCAUCCCAUCACUGCCUCUUGACUUCCAAACCAGUGCCUGCUAAUGUGAACUCUUGAAAAUGCACACAUUUUCAGACAGGAGAGAGCAAACUUUUCAUUCCAGAGUGAAACUGGCGAUGGAUGUGGUAGUUUACCACCAAUGUUUACAUUUUGUAUUUAUAUGCCAAUUUUUGCCCAGCGUCUGGAUUGUGCGA